UUUCCUAAGUGCUGGGUUUACAGGCAUGAGCUAUGACGCCCAGCAAGUACCAAACUAAAACCCAGCAAGUUUUAAAAUGGCAAGGAAAGAGUAUUUGUAUGUAUUGUUCAUUUUUAUUUUUGUUUACUUUGAUUACCUUUAUUGCGACAGGGAAAAUGAAAUAAAACAGGCAAAGUAGACACUUCGGCAACUUUGGCAUGAAGGAGUUCACAGCAGAAAUGAGUUCCUAGGAACACGUUUUAAAGGAUGAUAUUUCUCAGAGAAUUCUUGGCGUAUAGUCCUGGUCAUACGCUUGCAGAAGGAAAUUUAGAAAAUCGAAAACAAUCCUGUUUCUAAAUUUAAAUAUAGCUGCUUUUAGCUGUAUUUUAAUUGUGGGAUCUGUCAGCUACAACUUGGAAUCUUUAUUUUGUUAUGUAUUUAAGCUUUGUUUCUUUCCUGACUUUUCUUUGUAUGUGGCUAACCCCAUUUCUGCAAGCUUCACACUACUCAAGCUUCCUAGUAAAUUGUGAUCUUUUUAUCCCUUAAAUUUCCUAGUUAUUUUUUUCCUUUUUUUUUUAGACUAUCUGGUAUCUCCCUUGAAAUUAGGUGCAGAAUAUUAUAUGUAUACUCUUUUGUUUCUACCGAGAGGGUUGAUAAUUUUUAUCAGAUGUCACAGGAUAGUGACUAAAGGUGUUUAACCUCUGUAGAGGUAGAAAUGUGCUUGAGGCUUCCUGGUAGAGGGAUAUAGAGCCAUCCAAGUUUUGGAAUGUAAGAUACAGUUUCCUUUCUUUCCCUUCAGAUGUCCACUGGUCUCCCUGUCAUACAUGCCCAGAGCUGCCUCUGCUGCAUUUCCAUAUGGUGGAGUGCUGGCUGGAAACUUGGAGGAUGCUUCCUUCUGGGAACGGAAAAUGGACUUUACUCAUUGGCCUCAUGUGCUGCCCUUGGAACCAGGGGGCUGCACAGACUUUCAGACAGAAAACAGCUCCCGGCACUGUCUUGUGACCUACAGGCCUGAUAAAAAUCAUACCACAAUACGAAGUGUGCUGCUGGAAAUGUCCUACAGACUGGAUGACACUGGAAAUCUGGUCUGCUCCUGCCAGCCUGUCCAUACAUUUUUUGGAGGACCCACUUGCAAACUGUUGACCAAAAAUGCCAUUUUCCAAAGCCCAGAGAAUGAUGGCAACAUCCUGGUCUGUACUGGAGAUGAAGCAGCAAAUUCUGCCCUGCUAUGGGAUGCUUCCAGUGGCUCAUUGAUCCAGGAACUGCAGACUGCUCAGCCUGUCUUGGACAUCUGCCCAUUUGAGGUGAACCAUAACAGCUACUUGGCCACCUUAACAGAGAAGAUAGUCCACAUCUAUAAGUGGGAGUGACCAUGGUCUUGAAACCUUUCAGGCAUGCUGCUGAUUAGGUUUAAAUGUUGUUUGCUAGCACCUAGCAGCCCCAAGCAAAAUCCCUGUUUACUAUCUGCAGCCUAGAACAUUGGGGAUCAUGGUUUGUUCCAUUAGUAUGAUUCUAGGACUCCAUGUCGUUGAGACGCUACAGACUGUGUAUCUAUUAUGUCCACUAAAAGAGUAAUUGAUGGGUUUACUUUAUCUACAUUAUCCAUUUCUUGGGUUUAAAGCCUUCAUUGACCAUUA